ACAUAUUAGCCCGGGCUGCGAUUGGAGAGAGCAAGUGCGCACGGACGCAGACGCAGGAGAUAUCAGAGGCAGUCACCGAACAGAAUAGAGCUCUUCAUAGUAACUGAUGUAACUGUAUUUGGGAAUCAAUUCAGAAUAUAAAGAGAAAACAUUCCAAUUGAGAAACGGAAGAAGGAGUGAAAAUGGGACAUUCAGUGUUACCCAUAUUGAUGGUCGUAUUGUCUGAUUGCGUGUGGGGAAAUGUCGAGGCCUUGGCCAUGGCUGAGGUGAAUGGACCGGGGCCCCUGGUGGCCGAGCCGCAGAUUGCCAUGUUCUGUGGGCGUCAGCUGCUGCACAUGAACCCUGAGACUGGCCAAUGGGAGCCUGACCCUCAGGGCCGGCAGGGCUGCUUCACAGAGCCCAACCAGAUCCUGUCCUACUGCCAAGAGAUGUACCCAGCCCUACAGAUCUCCCAUGUGGAGGAGUCCUCCAGACCCGUCACCAUCCCAGCCUGGUGUAAGAAGGGCUGGGGCCACUGCCAGACACGCCCCUUCAUCGUCAUGCCCUACCGCUGCCAGGUGGGUGAGUAUGUGAGUGAAGCCCUGUUGGUUCCAGACCGAUGCCGUUUCCUGCACCAGGAGCAGAUGGAUGCCUGUGAGAGCUACGUCUACUGGCACAACAUAGCCAAGGAGGCCUGCACAGCAGACGGUCUGGAGCUGCAUAGUUAUGGGAUGCUGUUGCCGUGCGGCGAACGUUUCCGUGGGGUGGAGUAUGUGUGCUGCCCGGGGAGGGGCGGGUCCAGUGGCAGGGGGGAGACCGAGGGAGGGGACGUUCUCCCAGCAGGACCCCAGGCCCUCACCCCUCAGGUCAAAGUCAACACAGGAGUCAAAGUGACAACACCCACCCCAAGCCCCUCUCCUGACACCGAUGUGGAUGAGGCAGACAUGGAGGAGGAAGACGAUGAGAUGGUGGAAGAGAAUGAGCAGGUGGUGGAAGAGGAUGAGGAGGAGGCAGUAGAGGAUGAGGAUGAUGAGGAGGAGGAGGAAGAGGAGGAGCAGCAGCAGGAGGUUGCAGCAGCGGUGAAAGACCCAGAGGAGUAUGAGUACUCCAUUGACUCUGGCCCCUAUCAGGCUUCUGACUACACAGACUCCUUCUACUAUGAGAAAGGCCAGGGUCAGGCUGGUCGCAACCCCUCCACAUCCCCACCCCAGACCAGGGGAGACAGCCUACCCACCCCUCGCCCCACAGAUGGUGUGGAUGUUUACUUCGAGAUGCCAGGGGACGACAGUGAACACGCCAACUUCCUGCGUGCCAAGAUGGACCUGGAGGAGCGGCGAAUGAAACGUAUCAAUGAGAUCAUGAAAGAAUGGGCUGAGGCUGACAACCAAUCCAAGAACCUGCCCAAGUCUGACCGCCAAGCCCUUAAUGAGCAUUUCCAGUCUGUGUUGCAGACUCUGGAGGAGCAGGUUGCAGGGGAGAGACAGAGGCUGGUGGAGACCCACCUGGCCCGCGUGGUGGCCACCCUCAACAACAACCGCAGACUGGCCUUGGAGAGCUACCUGACCACCGUGCAGGCAGAGCCCCCACAGCCAGAGCGGGUGCUGCAGGCUCUGAAGCGAUACAUGGCAGCAGAGCAGAAGGACCGCAGACACACUCUGAGACACUACCAGCACAUUGAGGCCGUCGACCCCCAGAAGGCUGAGCAGAUGAAGUUCCAGGUCUACACCCACCUCCAUGUGAUUGAGGAGAGGAUGAACCAGAGCUUGGCAUUACUCUACAAGGUCCCUGCCUUGGCUGAGGAGCUGCACGAUGAUAUCCAGGAGCUGGUGAAGGCGGAGCGAGGAGACAUCAGUGAGCUCAUGACCACAUCCUUCUCUGAGACACGCACCACCGAGGAGCUGCUUCCUGCCGAGAGUGAGGAGGAGAAGGAUGACGAGGAGGAGGAGGAGAGAGCCUUCCAGAACAGGCCCUACCCACCCCGCAUCGACCCACAGCCCAACACUAAGAAAGCCUCUACAGACGAGUAUGACUAUGCCACAUCUGAGAGAAGCCCCACGUAUGAAUAUGAGGAGAAAAUUAACACCUCUGUGGAGCUCAAGCAGGUAGUCUACAAGUCUCCUGAGAUCCAGACAGAUGAACUGCAACCAGACGCCCUGGAGACGUUCAACCGCGGGGCCAUGGUGGGGUUGCUCGUGGUUGCCGUGGCCAUCGCCAUGGUGAUGGUGAUUAGUCUGUUGCUGGUGCGCAGGAAGCCGUAUGGCACCAUCAGCCAUGGCAUCGUGGAGCAGGUUGACCCCAUGCUGACCCCAGAGGAGCGCCAACUAAACAAGAUGCAGAACCACGGCUAUGAAAACCCCACCUACAAAUUCUUUGAGCAAAUGAACUGAGGCGGUGGGUGUGGCCUCCCGGUCAUGCCCAAUCACACGAGGCGCUCCCUUUCCUUGCUUCCCCUCCUAGGGGCAGUCCUAGUCACACCACCCAAUGAUGUAUUAAGACGUAUCAUUACGACCAACACUUUAAUGUAACUUGACAAGCAAAUAGGGGGUAUGUACCCCAAACCUCUGACUAACCAUGUCCCCACAUCAGUUUUUGGAAUGUAAACCAGUAACAGAGACGUAUUACCAACUGACCCAUCCUCUUACUCUUCUGGUCUAGAAUAAAGGGGUGGACAUUAAUGCCACAGUGUAACAAUCAUCUCCUUUGGAGAGAUUCACUCCUGUCUACUUGGAUAGGAAUGCCAUUGGAUUGGCUUGAGUUGACCCCCUUAUUCUUAAUAAAAUUGAUUGGUAUUUGUCAGAAACUGACUCAAUGUUGAACACUGCAUUUUGCUUUGUUCUGUAUGUCAUCUGUUUAUUCUUUAUUGGAUUGUGUUACAGCUCUGAUUCAUUAUAUUCCAGUUCAAAUAAAUGGUGUAAAAUGUGAACAAACAAUAUAGUAUAGCUGAUCUAAAACUCCACACAAACUAGUUCUCUAUCUAAAGCUACAAUGACUGACAUGAUGACCACCAAGCCAACCCCACAUCCAUGAGUCAAUGAAGGACAUCUUCUUUCAAAGCCAGGCACAGUUAUAAUGAAUGAAGCAGAGAUGAGGAGGUUGGGUAGUUAUAAUGAAUGAAGCAGAGAUGAGGAGGUUGGGUUGUUAUAAUGAAUGAAGCAGAGAUGAGGAGGUUGGGUUGUUAUAAUGAAUGAAGCAGAGAUGAGGAGGUUGGGUAGUUAUAAUGAAUGAAGCAGAGAUGAGGAGGUUGGGUUGUUAUAAUGAAUGAAGCAGAGAUGAGGAGGUUGGGUUGUUAUAAUGAAUGAAGCAGAGAUGAGGAGGUUGGGUAGUUAUAAUGAAUGAAGCAGAGAUGAGGAGGUUGGGUAGUUAUAAUGAAUGAAGCAGAGAUGAGGAGGUUGGGUAGUUAUAAUGAAUGAAGCAGAGAUGAGGAGGUUGGGUUGUUAUAAUGAAGGAAGCAGAGAUGAGGAGGUUGGGUAGUUAUAAUGAAGGAAGCAGAGAUGAGGAGGUUGGGUAGUUAUAAUGAAUGAAGCAGAGAUGAGGAGGUUGGGUAGUUAUAAUGAAUGAAGCAGAGAUGAGGAGGUUGGGUUGUUAUAAUGAAGGAAGCAGAGAUGAGGAGGUUGGGUAGUUAUAAUGAAGGAAGCAGAGAUGAGGAGGUUGGGUAGUUAUAAUGAAUGAAGCAGAGAUGAGGAGGUUGGGUAGUUAUAAUGAAUGAAGCAGAGAUGAGGAGGUUGGGUAGUUAUAAUGAAGGAAGCAGAGAUGAGGAGGUUGGGUAGUUAUAAUGAAGGAAGCAGAGAUGAGGAGGUUGGGUAGUUAUAAUGAAUGAAGCAGAGAUGAGGAGGUUGGGUAGUUAUAAUGAAUGAAGCAGAGAUGAGGAGGUUGGGUAGUUAUAAUGAAUGAAGCAGAGAUGAGGAGGUUGGGUAGUUAUAAUGAAGGAAGCAGAGAUGAGGAGGUUGGGUUGGGAAUGUGAGGUAUUGAAGCUUGAUUAACUUAGUUGUUACUUAGGUAUUACUUACAGCAACAUAUAUUAUCAAUCCAUAGUAAAAUGGGUUGGUGGUCUUUUGAUAUUCAGCCCAACCUCAUCCAUCAGUCUGUGGCAUCUGACAUAACCGGCACCCAGAGCCUAUUCCAUGUGAUGUGAACUAUAUAAUUGAACUAAUGUACCAAAUGUACCAUUUAAGUGAAUGACUGCUACCUAAAAAAAUUGUAACAAAGUGAUGAGAAGUCCAUUAUUUUAAUGAAAGCAUGCAGAUUUGGUGUAUGAUGCUACCGUCUUUGUGUUGUUCCUGUUCUUUGCUUUUGAUAAGAUGGAAAUGUUACAGAUUAAAAUGGACAGUGUAAAUAUCUUUAGAAAAAAACUUGACUUCAAAAUAGACAUUUCUAGAGUGAAUUUGCAUCAGUGUAAUGGAAUAAUAACAAAAAAGAAGAAUACCUUGUGCUGUUCAGAGAGAGAGAACAUUUUCCUAACAUGGCUGAUUGAAAACGGACUGUUGUAAAAACCAGCACAAGAUGACACAAUUAACUUCUGACUGAAUGUAUUUUAGGUAGACGUUGAGACUCCAUUUCCUCUUCGAUAGUGCAUCACUCCCCUAGUAGAACCCCAAGGACUAACCUGUAAUCAGUAGACAAGCUACAUGUCCAAAACUUUCCUCAUUAUCUCACUGUAGUUUAACACUGAAUGUCUCUUUUCACUAUUUGCAGGUUUGAAUGAGAACAGUGGGAUGUCAAUCAUUGUUGUGGUGCAAUGGACUUCAGCAUUAUGGAACAUAGUGAUGUUGGCAAACAUGGUGAUAUUGGGUAACAGUUGCACGUAAGGGAGGUACGCCGAGGACUGGACUAUUGCUCAGAUUGGGUGGGACCACAAUAUUUGCUCUAGCACACCUUAGUGAGUUAUUUUCAGUUUAUUGCUUCAAAUUCAAGUGUAAUCUUUAUUAGGGACAUGGCAGGUUUCAGGCAGGAUGAACAUAUAGACGCUGUAUAUAAACCAGUUGAAUGUUAGUCCACUAGGGAGAUGUUGCAUCUCACUGAUGCAUCUGUAACAGUUAGUAUGAUCAAUAUCAUUCACUGUAUAUAGAUCACAAGGGAUUGUCCCCUUUUCAAUGGCUGAUUGUUGACCUCUUGGAUGGGUUUUAAAUUUAAUUUAUUAUCCACUACAUGAUUUUGGUACCAGAGAGAGUUCUUUGUGUUGGAUGGUUACAUACACAGUAGGAGGUUUCUUCAUAAUCAACAGUGUCAACUGCAACUACUGUUGGCCUACUGUACUACAGAUGAUCCUAACCAAAACCAAUCAUCUUUCACUACUCUCAGAAUUCUGAACAUUUUACUUUUUAAAACACCACCAGUCCUGAAACAUCCUUAGAGUUUCAUCAUUUAUUUAUAACUCAUGGCUAGGUUGUGUACUCCAUGAAACCACUGGUGACACAAGGGAGUAAUUUAUUGAUCACAUCAGAGGAGAUGUGGCUGAUUUCACCCUCAAACCGUUCUGUUUCUUUAUUCAAACACUGCUUUGAAUAUGGGGAAGAUGAGUUCAAAUACUUGACCUCAGAGAUUUGAAUUUUCCAUGUAUUGCUUUUGGAUUGUAGGAAUCACAGGUUGUGGUUACUGCAUCAAGAUAAUUAGAGAGCUGAGGUAGUCUUUGUAUAAUUUGUACAGCUCUGUUUAGUGGAUGAAAAUGUGGUACGUUCACAGUUUAAGUCAGUUGAACCUUGUGUAACAGUUUAACUUUAGACCGUCCCCUCGCCACGACGCGGUCGCUAACCAGGGACCCUCUGCACACAUCAACAACAGUUACCCACGAAGCGUCGUUACCCAUCGCUCCACGAGGGCCGCGGCUUUUGUGGAGCGAUGGGUAACGAUGCUUCGUGUGUGACCGUUGUUGAUGUGUGCAGAGGGUCCCUGGUUCGCGCCCGGGUCGGGGCGAGGGAACGGACUAAAGUUAUACUGUUACAUUGAUGCUGUUGACCCGGAUCACUGGUUGCUGCGGAAAAGGAGGAGGUCAAAAGGGGGAUGAAUGUAACCGAUGUGAAAUGGCUGGCUAUGUGGUGGUGCGCGCUAGCAGCCUUUCAGUCGGUGACGUCACUUACUCUGAGACUUGCUGCCUUUGCAGAGCGAUGGGUAACGACGCUUCGUGGGUAACUGUUGUUGAUGUGUGCAGAGGGUCCCUGGUUCGCGACCGGUCGGGGCGAGGGAACGGUCUAAAGUUAUACUGUUACACUUGUAUCGAUACUCCUGAAACUAUAGAAGAGAAUAAGCUUGCCUGUGUUUCCCCAAAGACUCAAGGUUUUCCUACCAGCAUUUAGCAGAUGUAGAAUGGUGUAUACUGUAGUGACUGAACACACAUUUGUAUGUCCUCUCUUGAUUAAGAUACUUCUAUGUUGGCCUUCCUCCCCUCCCCAGCCAAUGAAAAUGUAAACAAUUAUAUGGAGAGUUUAAUUGCUGCAUUAUUGCCUUUUACAAUGCUGUGUUUUGGAUGUAAUUAUGUAUUUUUAUUUCUAAGUAAUAAUCAAUUGGAUUGAGGGUCAUGUUUUCUCACUGUAUGAAAAAUGUAAUAGCUUGUAUAAUAAUACCUAUAGGCACCCUAAAGAGGUUAAGUGAUGUCUAACAGUUCAGAUACAGUAGACAUACUCUGUCAGUAAGUCUAUAACUAAAUUGUCCAUGGUGUGGCGCCAAGCACAACUGUGAACAAAUGAUUGCUCUUUGUCAGACACAGAUACUGACUGUAAAUAAUGUGAACUCCCACCAUUUUGACUAUCCUCUGAUUGGAAUGAUACUGAUGACAUCACUGAGGGAGCUGAUCUUCAAAUGUAUUCAGAACUUGACCAAACACAUGCUUUGCUCUAGAAGAGGUCAGACAACUGACUAAUUUAACCAAUUGUCUCUGAGCUAUGUUGAGUGUAAUUCAUGUGCAAGAAAUCUGAGCAAUGGAGAUCUGAUUAAGCUAUUUAAAACUGUAAUAAAAUUAGAAAUAACCCACGAAA